AUGUCUACCUCUAGCUCCAAACCACCACCAAUGAUAUACGAAGCCAUCGACGAAGAAACAAUCCCCAAUUAUAGCCCAAGCGACUAUCAUUCGACGCAUCCGGGCCAGGUCCUCAAUGACAGAUACCAGACAAUCACAAAACUGGGAUGGGGUUUUGGUUCUACUGUCUGGUUGGCAGAAGAUCUGCGGCGAUGUAAGGAGAAACCGGCAUCUCCUCGCUAUGUGGCCGUCAAGAUUGGAGCCUGCAGAUAUGCCAGCAUCGCUGCUGCUGAACACGAGUUGACGCUCUCGCAGCGCAUUGCCGCGGCCAACCCGUCGCAUCCUGGCGCCGAGUACAUCAGAGUCCCAAUCGACCACUUCCAAGUCGACGGAUCGCAGGGGACUCAUGUCUGCUUGGUGUACCACCCCAUGAGAGAAACAAUGUAUGACUUCCGGCACCGCUUUAAGAACCAGCGAUUUCCGCCAAAGAUCCUGAAGCUGUAUGUUGCCAUCCUGCUACAGGGGCUCAACUACCUGCACACCGAGUGCCACCUUAAAGAGGAUAAUGUCUUGGUCAAUCUAGAGAGCGAGUCAGUCUUGGAAGACUUUGUCCAGCAUCAUAGACACACUCCUCUCGGCCGACAUGUCACGAAUGACGAGCACACCACCUACCUAUCCGAGAGUAAUUUUGGGCCUCUUCGCGACUUCUUCAUUCUUCCAGAGAUUGCCGACCUGGAUCUGGCGCAGCCUGGCCUCGAGACCGUCUGUAUUCAUCCGGCCCAGCCACACCGCUACCGCGCGCCCGAAGUCAUUCUAGGAACCGGAUGGACAUACAGUGCAGAUAUUUGGAACAUGGGCGUGUUGAUAUGGAACAUGAUGGAAGGCAGAGAUUUGUUUACCGACCUCAAGGACGAGCAGGGGCACUACAAUGUCCAGGCUCAUCUGGCGCAGAUGAUUGCCCUGCUUGGUCCCCCUCCCAAGGUUCUCCUCGAGCGAGAAAGAAAGUUUCGCAAAUUGGCCUUUAAACCGGAAAUGCAAAACCCCCAGGGCCAGUCCUGCAGCAAUGCAUUCCAAUACUUUGGCGGUCCUUUCUUCGAUGACGAUGGUAAGCAACCGAUCCUGUCAGGAAACCUUCUGCCUGCUGACCACGCUUCUGCCCCCCCGCCAGGAGAAUUCAUCCGCAAGGACUUGAUUCCCAAGGACGUCGCGCUUUCCGACACCGUCACGCUUUUCCAGGGAGAGGAAAAACAACAGUUCCUCGCGUUUAUAGGCAGGAUGCUCCAAUGGCGGCCGGAACAUAGAAGCAAAGCCAAGGACUUGCUCGAGGAUCCGUUUCUUCAGCUGGACGGCGACACUGAAUGA